AUGUCCAUCGAGGUCGACAAGGAGGAACUGAGCCACGUUGAGAACGCGAGUGGGAGUGGGAGUAGUGGCGAGGUGCUGUAUACGGCCGAAGAGGAGAAACGGGUGCGGCGCAAGACCGACUUUGUGCUCUUGCCGAUGUUUUGCGCAAUCUUCGCCCUCGGAUUCCUCGAUAAGACGGCGUUGACUUAUGCUUCGGUUAUGGGGAUUCGGUCGGCUGCAAAGCUCACAAUCUCGCAGUAUGCCUGGCUCGGAUCCAUCUACUACUUUGGCUACCUGGCAGGAGGCUACCCCAUGGCUAUUGGGCACCAAAAGCUCCCUGCGGCCAAGUUCACCAGCGCAACCAUCAUCCUCUGGGGCUGCACGACCAUGGUCACCGCUGCAUGCAAGACCUACGCCCAACUCAUGGGUUCCACCCGCGUCGGUAUCUGGGGUUCCUUCUCUACAUGGGGAGGCAUUCUCGGGGCUGGCGUUGCGUACGGCUUGAGCUCUCGCGAAGUCGAGGCAAAGUGGGGCAAGAGCGGGACAGUCAUGGCCAUGGCGGCGUGGAAGGCCAUUUUCAUUUUCCUUGGUGGCCUAACUGUUCUUAUUGGUCUCAUUUUCGUUGCUCUCGUUCCCGACAGUAUUGACGGAGCAUUCUUUCUCACCGCCAGAGAAAAGGAGGUCGCCAAACUUCGCACCCUCGAAAAUAAACAGAAUAUUUCCGAAACAAACUGGAAAUGGUACCAGGUUUCCGAAGCGGUUCUCGACCCAGCCGUCUGGUUACUCUGUGCAGCAAUCGUGCUGUCAUAUAUCCCCUCAGGUGGCAUUACGAAUUUUUACGCCAUAAUCGUCCUAGGUAUGGGGUUUACGGUACAGGAAACUCUUCUUCUCUCAAUGGCCAAUGCGUGGCUCUCAAUCGGUCUAAUCGUCACAAUGUGGAUGGCAGACAAGAUCAAAUGCCGCUCACUCGCCGGUAUCCCUCUCACGGUCGUAUCGAUUAUUGGCGGUGUCAUGGUUUGGGCUCUUCCGCGUGACCAGAAAAUUGCCCGUCUGGCUGGUUUCUACCUCUCGCUAGCUUUUGCUAUUCCGACAUUUGUGGCUAUGACUUUCCUCGCCUCAAACAUUGCCGGACGGACAAAGAAGACUUUCGUCACUGGCAUGAUCCUCGUCUUCAACUGCACUGGUAACCUCAUUGGACCCCAGACGUUCCGGGACAAGGAUGCGCCAGUGUACGCUCCCGCUCUACUCACGUUUGUCAUUUGUAACUCGAUCAACCUCGGCAUCCUCGUCGCCCUCUUCUUCUAUUACCGCUGGGAGAACAUCAAGCGCGACAGACUCUACGGCAAGCCAGCCCCGGACGAGGACCACUUUGUCGACCUGACUGACCGCGAGAACAAGUCGUUCCGCUACGUGUUGUGA